UAUGUCAACUGUGGGUUAUGGAGACGUUACACCUACAACAGUUGGCAGCAAAAUAUUUACAAUGGUAUUUAUUUUCAUUGCCCUCUAUCUCUUCGCAAUCAACCUGGAAGUAUUCUAUCAAAUAGUGAACGAAUCUUCAAUAUUUAGGAAAUCUUACCAGAAGCCAAUAGGCGUAAAGCACGUUAUAAUAGCUGGCUCUUUAUCGUUUGAUUCCAUAACUAAAUAUAUUAAAGAUUUCAUGCAUGAAGAUAGAGAUCAUGAUAAUUAUACGUUUAUAUUUGUUAAUAAGAAAAAGCCAAAUUUAAGUAUAAGAUCUCAUUUUGAAAAGAAUUAUUCGCAUGUACGCUAUCACAGAGGAGAUCCAAUGGAGAAGAAGUGUUGGAAAAGUGUAAAAUUAAAGGAGGCGGACGCUCUCUUAGUAGUAACUGAUUAUCAUACAAAAAAUCCUGAUGAAGAGGAUAGAAAGAAUAUAUUACAAGUGAUAUCAGCAAAGAAUUAUUCGGAAUCGACACGUGUCAUAUUACAACUAUUAAGAUUCCAUAAUAAACAUUAUAUAGUACAUUUAAACUUUUGGAAAGAAUACGAUCAAGUUAUAUGCGAAGAUUCAAUUAAAUUAGGUUUUCUAGCUCAAAAUUGUUUAACUCCUGGUUUUUCAACAUUAAUAUCUAAUCUAUCUAACGUUCAAUGCGAAAAAGAGAUUCUUACUACGUCGUUAACAAAGGAUACUGAACAGCAUAGACAAAAUUGGAGGUCAGAUUAUGUGAAAGGUGCAGAUAUGGAAAUUUAUGCUAAGAAAUUCCCUUCUGCCUUACAUAAUUAUCCUAUAACCGAAGCGGUUAAAUUCUAUUAUAAAGAAAGGAAUAUUCUUCUUCUUGGUAUUAAAACUAUUGAAAAUAACGAAGAAGAGAUUAAACUAAAUCCUAGUUCUAAUUAUAUCAUUGAUAAAAGUACUACUGGUUUCUUUAUUUGUAAAUCCGAAAAGGUUUUACGAGAAUGUAACAAGUCAUUUAAGAAGAGGGAACUACACCAAUCAAGUAUAUCAUUAGAAACAAUUCAACUUUCUGAAUCUUCUCUAAGUAAUCAAUGCAAUUCGGAAAGUUAUGCUGAUGAAAAUAAUCAAAUAAGACGUAAAUUAGACGCCACAAAUAACUUUCAUUGGUCAGAGAGUGUAGAUUUCGAUACUAUUUCAUUGACAGACGAAAAUAUGAUGAGAUUUUCAAUAUUAAAAAACCAUAUUGUAGUCUGUCUAUUCUGCGAUGAAAAUUCACCUUUGAUUGGUCUCUACAAUUUCGUACUACCAUUGAGAUCUUCGUCAAUUGACUAUAAACAACUUUCGAGUAUUGGUUCACCUUUAAAUCGUAAAGAUCUAAGAGCGACAAAUGUUGAUUCAUCAAGAAUGUGCGUUGUUUUAAAAAGUCCUAAAUGUACAGUCUGCGAGAGAGAGGAUGAAGAAAAAUCUUUGGACGAUGACGUUAUUAUUUGUACACAGCUUAUUAAGUCAAUGGAAUUUCACAAUCCAGAGGGUAUAGAAAAAUGUAAAAAUUUAACGAAUAAGCAAAAAUUUCAAAAUAUUGCGAAAAAGAUAAUGAAAGAAUAUUUAAUUGAAAGAUUAAGGUCCAAUAGUUUUGCUGAUAUAGUAUUAAAGAGGGAAUUGAUAAUUCAUAAACGAAAAUCGUCAAAUAGAAGAACAAUUAAGGAAGAUAAAGAAAUAUGGAAAAAUGUUGAAGAAAGUGGUCAAAAUAUUGAAAUUGUCAGCGAUUUAGAUUGUGAUAGUAAAGUUCGUCUGCUUAAUCUUAACGGCGAUGGUGAAGAUGAUAUACCCUUUAGACUAUCUCAACCAUUCGCUAGUGGAAAAGUUAUCACAUCAAAUCUAUUAGAAUCGCUGCUUUGCUCGGUCUACUUUAAUCCGGAUUUAUUAAAAUUAAUAAAAUUACUUAUAUCUGGUACUGUUACUAAUGAAUGCGAAGAGCUUAUUGACGAAGGAUUUGGUAUCGCCAAAGGUCUCGAACAAGACGGUGAAACUGAAAAUGAAACUAAAGGAAAGUGCACUCUGGUUCAAUUGGAUUUAGAGAAAGGAGAUUUAAAUGCUAAAAAUUUGAAAUACUACUCUGAAUUAUUCAACUAUUUAUACGACAACUAUAAUAUCUUACCAAUUGGUGUGUAUAGACAAAUUGAGAAUAGUCAAUGUUACAAGUCGAAAAGUAUACUAUCUAACGAAAUUAUCUCUCGUUACGUAAUAACAAACCCAAGUGGAGAAUUCGUAUUGAAUAGGAAUGACUAUGGAAUUAUGGGGAAUAUUAAAGAUGAAAAAAUACCUUUAAAAAAUUCAUUUUACUCUCAUGAGAGUAAAACUAAAGAAGAAAAGGAUAAAAAUUCAAGAAGAGAAGAAGAUUUAUCCUGUUUUUCUAAAACUUUUCUUUGCUGGGCUAAUGAUAUCUUUCGAGCCGGAUAUAAAGGAAACCUUGAAAAAUACGAUAAAUUUUAUUCUUGUGAUAGAGAAGAAUGUGAAGAUAUUAGGAAUAGGAUUAAUGUUGAAACUUUAAGAAUUUCAACAUUUAGAGCAGUCUGUCAUGUACUAUAUUCUCAAAAACUACUUCUCCUCGGUACAAUAUCUGCUCUUUUCAUAUCGGAAAUGCUAAAAUUUGUUAUUAUAAUUCAAAUGAAAUUGCUGUUCAACUCCUUUGAAAUACAUAACACUUUAAGCACAACAAAAAUUUAUGUCACAGCCGUUUCGUUACCAUUCGUCAUUUAUUUAUUGCUUAAAUUGAAUGGAAUUUCGUUUUACUAUCAAACUAGGCUACAAGCUAGAGUUAGAAGUGGAUUUUGUUUAUUAAUUUACGAAAAAAUAUUAAAAAUACCUACUCAUAUUCUUCAAGAUUUAUCUGUUGGAAAAAUUGUCAAUUUGCUAUCAACGGACGUUGAAACAUUUGUUAACAACGAUGUAAUCCUUUACAUAUUUAUAGGACCUUUUCAAAUUUUCUUUGCACAACUGCUAUUACUAAAAAUAUUUGGACAUAUUGCUCUGCUAUAUCUGCCAUUAAUGAUAUUUUUCAUGACUCUAAAUUCAUUCCCGGCAUUUAUUGAAGGAAAUUUAAGGAAGCAAGUGGCUGAAAGAACAGAUAAGAGAGUAACUUUAAUGAAUGAAUUGAUAAAUGGAAUCAAAAUAGUAAAGAUAUACGCAUUAAGCCAUACCUCCACUGGUAUAAUACUAUUGAUCAUAUUUACUAUAUUCGGAGAGAGUAACCAAUCUCAACCUCUUCAUUUAUCAUCUUCGUAUGCUGCCAUAGCUCUACUUACAGAUACGGGUCAGUCUCUCUUUAACUUCUCGACAGAAGGUAUUGCUCAGUUAAAAACUAUGCAAAAGAGUGUAGUGAGAAUUCUGGACUUCAUUAAUAAUCCAGAAGUCGUAAAUGAACUUGUCAAAUACAAGAAGAAUUAUGAUGUCAAUACACUUUCUAUUGAUAAGAUUACAUCAUACUGGAACAAGUCCAUGGAUUUAAAAUGCGUUGAAAAUAUUAGUAUAAGCUUAGAGCGAGGUGAAAAGCUCUUUGUCGUUGGUGCAGUAGGCAGUGGAAAGACUGGUUUACUACUUUCAAUUAUCGGUGAACUACACGGUACUGGUACAAACGAAUUCAGGAAAAAGUUUUCGUUUAGCUAUUUUUCUCAAGAAUCGUGGAUAUUUAAUGGAACCAUUAAAGAAAAUAUAUUAUUCCAUUCAACAUUCGAAGAAUGUAAAUAUAAUAGGAUUCUCGAAGUAUGCGCAUUAAAGAAGGAUUUAGAGAUUUUCCCUGCAGGCGACACUACUUUAGUAGGAGAGAAAGGUCUAAUGUUGAGCGGAGGACAAAAAGCAAGAAUCGCUCUUGCUAGAUGUCUUUAUAAAGAUUCUGACGUUUAUCUACUGGAUGAUCCGUUAAGCGCCGUUGAUAAUAAAGUUAGAGAUCACAUCUUUUACAAAUGCAUAAGUGAAUAUCUAAAAGAUAAAAUUGUCAUUCUCGUUACGCAUCAUCCAGAUUAUAUGAAAGAUAGGGAAAAGCUUGUAAUAAUGGAGAAAGGUAAAGCUGGUUUUUAUGGUACUUAUGAAAGUUAUAAAAAGGAGGGAUGUUAUAGUAAUCUUGUUAAAUCAAGGAAUGAUGAUAAUAACAACAAUAAUAACAAUAAUGUAAUAUAUGCAAAUGAAAUUGAUUUGGGAUUACCAAAAUAUGAAGCAGUGGAUAAAAAAAGUUCGGGUAGAAUUUCUUGGAGUGUUUAUAAAAGUUAUAUACUUUCUGGUAAAGUAUGGGCACUCUUCCUUUCGUUGGGCAUAGCUUGUGUUCAUAUAACGCUUACGCUAUACUCCAAUUAUGUAUUAGCUUCAAUCUAUAAACCAAUUAUAACCAGUUACAAUAUUCAUAAUAAACUCUUCUCAAAAGUUAUUAGAGCAAAAAUGGAAUUUUUUGAUAAAACUCCAUCCGGCAAUAUAUUGAAUAGAUUUUCAAGAGACUUGUGCUUUAUCGAUUUUGUUAUAACUAAUUCUAUAAGAAGAAUCUUGACAGUGAGUUUAUAUCUCUUAUCAGGAAUUGUUACCUGUUUAUUAGCUCUACCUUGGUUAAUUAUUCCAACUAUUAUAGUACUACUUUCUAUUAUAUUUUUAUUUAAUUAUUCAAUACCUACAAUAAGAGAUAUGAGAAGAUUGGAGGCGGCUAAAAGGAGUCCAUUUUAUUCUCACGUUUCAGAAACUAUUAGCGGUUUAAAAGUUAUAAGAAGCUUACAAAAGAGCAAAAAAUUCAGGAGAAUAUGUGUGCAACACUUGAAUAAUCAUUCAAAAACGUGGUUGACUCUUUUAACCGUUAUGAGAUGGUUUGGAUACAAAGUUAAUAAAAUGGUAGCAAUCUUUAUGCUAUCAAUAGUUGUUCCGUGCGUUGCUGAGAGAAAGCAUAUAAAUAUUAACCUAUUUGCCGUAGGUGUCAUUCAAAUUAUAGGACUAGCUGAACUAUUUGAAUAUCUCUUCAGAGUGUUUGUUGAACUUGAAAAUGCGAUGACCUCUCUCGAAAGGAUAAACGAAUAUUCGAAUUUGAGUACUGAAGAUCCCUUCAGUAACACUGCAAAAUUACCAGAUGAAUGGCCUGAAACAGGUAAUUUAGAAGUAAAGGAUCUUUCGUUGAAGUACACUGGCAACAAUUAUCAUUCAUUGAAGAGCAUAGAGAUAUCAUUUAAAGAUGGCGAAAAGACGGGUAUUAUAGGAAGAACUGGAGCUGGUAAAAGCUCAAUUUUAGCGGCUCUCUUCAGGCUGCAGGAACCUGAAGGGAGUAUUUUACUCGACCAUAUCGAUUUGACCAAAAUUGCCCUGAAUCAGGCAAGGAAAGUACUUGGUGUUAUACCACAAGAUCCGGUUAUCUUUAUAGGAAACAUCAGAAACAAUCUAGAUCCGUUUAAUAUAUUUUCAGACGAUCUUAUUUGGGAAGUUUUAAGGAAGACUCAGCUAUACGAUAAAUUUAAUAAUUGUAGCGAAAAGCUUGACUUUCCCAUUGCAGAAAAUGGAAAUAAUUUAAGUGUUGGUGAAAAACAGUUAAUCUGUCUAGGAAGAGCUCUACUAAGAAAUCCAAAAGUUCUUGUUAUGGACGAAGCAACUGCAAGCAUAGACAAGCAAACCGAUGAUCUAAUACAACGUAUAAUAAUGGAUAACUUUAAAGAAUGUACGAAAAUUGUUAUAGCACAUCGUUUGGAUACUGUAUCUGAUUCGGAUAAAAUAGUUGUCCUUGACACAGGUGAAAUAGUUGAGAUUGGUAAGCCUCAGGAUGUUUUUAGUAAGAUUAACGGAACAUUUAUGAAAAAUAUUAACGAUUAUUUAAAAUAA